CCUGACUUCCCAGUUUAUUUUUGAAUCCAUCACUGCAACAAAAACACACACACUGCAGCGUGUUUGUGCGUGAAAAAAUUUGUACGGACUAGCUAUGGAGGUUGGCGCGCACAACAGCCCUCGCACUGUCGAAGAGGUCUUCAGAGAUUUCAAGGGCAGGCGUAUCGGCUUGAUCAAAGCUCUCACCACCGAUGUUGAAGAAUUUUUUCAACGGUGCGAUCCUGAGAAGGAGAAUCUAUGCCUUUACGGAUUUCCCACCGAGCAGUGGGAAGUUAAUCUGCCUGCUGAGGAGGUGCCUCCGGAGCUACCGGAGCCAGCUUUAGGUAUAAACUUUGCCAGAGAUGGCAUGCAAGAGAAAGACUGGUUGGCUCUAGUUGCUGUCCACAGCGAUGCAUGGCUACUUUCUGUUGCUUUCUAUUUUGGUGCGCGAUUUGGUUUUGAUAAAGCUGACAGGAAACGCCUAUUCAAUAUGAUAAACGACCUUCCUACAAUUUUUGAAGUUGUGACUGGGGCUUCAAAGACGCAAUUCAAGGAUAAGUCGUCUGGUACAACUCCCGGUGGAACCAAAGCUAAGCCAAAAAUGGAAAAAUUGCCCAAGCCCCCCACCAAGGACGAGGGGGAGGGAUUAGAUGAAGAGGAGGAGGAGGACGAGGAUGAAGAGGAGCAUGGCGACACCUUGUGUGGAGCAUGUGGGGAAAACUACGCGCACGACGAGUUCUGGAUCUGCUGUGACAUAUGCGAGAGAUGGUUCCAUGGGAAAUGCGUGAAGAUAACUCCUGCUAGGGCUGAGCACAUCAAGCAGUACAAAUGCCCGUCAUGUUCGAAUAAAAGAGCACGGCCUUGAUGAGGUGUUUGUCCGCCUAACCAUGUAGUUGUUGUCCCCUUGUGUGAAGAAGAAGAAGAAGAAGCAUCUAUGUGUGAGCAACACUAUUUAAUCGUGGGUCGUAUUUGUAAGGAUAGUUUUAGCUACUCUUGCCUCUGUUUCUUUAGAUGUAAAAGGUCUUUGUAGAGGGUUUGUAAGCUUGAAAACAUCUGCAUGCUACUGUCAUUAACAUUUAUUUAUCCAAUUUACGUUUCUUGCA